AUGGCGGCGCAGGUAGAAAGCGGUGUCGCCGACUUGAAGUUGGACGACUCCAAGCCUGCGAACGGCGCAGCGCAGAACGCCGAGAAGAAGGCGGAGGGCGCGGAGCACGACGACUCGGACGACGACAACGAGGCCGACGAGGGCGCUGUCGAGGGCGCUGCAAAAAAGAAGAAGAAGAGAAAGCCCCGGAAGAAGAAGAAGGCCGGGGCUGCGGGCGCUGCUGGCGCGAAGACCCAGACGUCCCCUCCCCGCGUGCCCCUCUCCGAUCUGUACCCCAACAACGACUACCCCGAGGGCGAGAUCUGCGAGUAUCUCGAUGAGAACAGCUACCGCACCACGAGCGAGGAGAAGCGCCACCUCGACCGCCUGAACAACGACUUCCUGACCGACUACCGCAAGGGCGCCGAGAUCCACCGUCAGGUCAGGCAAUGGGCGCAGAACUGGAUCAAGCCCGGCAUGGGCCUGACAGAGAUUGCCGAGGGCAUCGAGGACUCUGUGCGCCACCUCACCGGCCACAUGGGUCUCGAGAUGGGCGACGCGCAGAUCGCAGGAAUGGGCUUCCCCACUGGCCUCAGCAUCAACCACUGCGCAGCGCACUACACCCCCAACGCCGGCAACAAGAUGGUCGUCAACUACGAGGAUGUCAUGAAGGUCGACUUUGGUGUCCACAUCAACGGCCGCAUCGUCGACAGCGCCUUCACCGUCACCUUUGAUCCCGUGUACGACAACCUCGUCGAGGCGUGUAAAGCCGCCACCAACGCCGGUAUCAAGGAAGCCGGUAUCGACGUGCGCAUGAGCGACAUCGGUGCCGCGAUCCAGGAAGUCAUGGAGAGCUACGAGGUCGAGAUCAAGGGCCAGAUGCUGCCUGUCAAGUGUAUCCGCAACCUCAACGGACACAGCAUCGGCCACUACACCAUCCACGGCGGCAAGACGGUGCCAAUCGUCAAGAGCAACGAUCAGACCAAGAUGGAGGAGGGCGAGACGUACGCCGUCGAGACAUUCGGUUCCACGGGCAAGGGCUACGUCCGUGAUGAUAUGGAGACAAGCCACUACGCGCUGAAGCCUGAUGCGCCCAAGGUCGCGCUCAGAGUCAGCAGUGCGAAGACGCUGCUCAACUCGAUUACCAAGAACUUUGGUACACUUCCGUGGUGCAGGCGUUACUUGGAUCGUCUCGGUCAUGACAAGUAUCUUCUGGGCUUGAACAACCUCGUCUCGGCUGGUAUUGUGGAGGCGUACCCGCCGCUGUGCGAUAUCAAGGGCAGCUACACAGCACAGAGCGAGCAUACUUUUAUCCUUCGACCAAACGUCAAGGAGGUCGUCAGUCGCGGCGACGACUACUAG